AUGACCAUUCAGUGGUCGCCCAGACGGACAGCUGAAGGGAUUGCGCGAUGCUCGGACGAUGGCUGUUAUCAUGUCUGUCUAUCUAUUUACCUAACUUUUGAUGUAGGCUCAAUUCUAUCUAUCUAUCUAUCUAUCUAUCUAUCUAUCUAUCUAUCUAUCUAUCUAUCUAUCUAUUUCGUUUUUUUUCAUUAUCUAUCUAUCUAUCUAUCUAUCUAUCUAUCUAUCUAUCACGGUCUUUUCAUUAUCUAUCUAUCUAUCUAUCUAUCUAUCUAUCUAUCUAUCUAUCUUAGCAAGCUAUUGUCUAUUUAUAUCUCACUCUGGCUGAAAAUCAUUAUCUAUCUAUCUAUCUAUCUAUCUAUCACACUCUCCAUCCGUGGAAGUAGUAUUUUUUGUCUGGUUCUUGCUUGGUCCGUUGCUUUCCACUUGGUUUAUUUGUUGCGAGUGGGUUACUUCUUAGCUUUUGCCCCAUUCACCUUUCUGUGGGUAACGAUCCGUGAUCGCCUGGCGCGCUCGGAUGCAUUAGGGGUCCAAGCGAUGGGCCCCCGUAUUUUCGUAGAAGGUUUCUCACGUUUUUCAACUUUUUGUUUCCUUUCAGUAAGGCCAUUCGCUUGUGGGUAA